GUACAGUAGUUUAUAAUGUAUUUAUUAUUUUGGCACUUUAAGUACACAGCUAUGUUUCUAUUUACAGUGGAUAUUUACUUUUUUCUUGAAAUAAACUUUAAUAUAUAAAUUCCUGAUCUGUGUUUCCACACAUGUUUUAUUUACUUGGACUUAAGAAACUCCACCGCAAAGUCGACUUGUUGCUUAACUCGGAAAUGUUUGUUUAUAACACAGUAUGUAAAACUAUGCAAUAAAGAUAUUUAACAAACUAUUUAAAACAAAACAGUAACCACAACUACAAGCCAAAUACUUCAUUAUAUACUAGAAUAUCAUUAUUAAAAGACUGAUAGGCCAAAUAUACUUAGUGUCAAGAAUACUUUAGUGUCAUUUUAAGUAUACAGAGUAAAAUGUAAAAAAAAAACUGAAGAAUAGUUAGGCUAAAAUUUUUACUAUUCACAAUUUCUUUAAUUUAUAUUUUAUUGUAUAAUAAUUGUAUUAAAUAAACAAUUUGUUUAAUUUUAUUGUGUUCAUUUUAUUUAAUAAACAAUUUGUUGAAUGGGUCUGUAACUUUGUUGCAUUAAAGUUUAGCCAAGUAAUGGUUCUUCUACUGGUAACCAAAAAAUAAUACUGACUAGACAUACUUUUAACUUGCUAGCUAAUGUGAUUAACUUGUUAUUUCUAUUGUUUGUUAUCAAAAAUAAUUUACAGGGAGUCUAUUCUUUGUCGAUGUGUCCCAAAAGUUGAGUUUGGGUCACAAAAAGCGGGCAUGCGCAGGAACGCUUGUUGCUUUGAAACUAUCUAAAGUACUUUGUUAGUUUUAGUUUAAAAUAAGUAUGUAAUAGCACACUUUAAUUAACCUACUUUUUGUAAGAGAGAGGAUGUAAGUUAAACUAAUAAAGGUCUCAAGCAUUGGAAAUGAUCCAUGGUUUCAUUAUAUAGUAAAGUAUCCAUAGGUAUGUCUCGUUUCAGACGGCUGCGUCCUCCGGAGGUCGCAUCUCUCAUCCGCAUACGUCAUCGAGGCUGUCUCGUUUCGUGACAAAUGCGGGUAUAACAAUCCGAAUGCACCCUUAAAAUAACACCUUUUUUUACAGGAAUUCGGAGGACCCAUGAGGUGUAUCCUACAAUUCUAGAGAUAAUCCACAAAACUGAUCCAGCAAUCAGAUGACGACUUCGAACGUCCUGAAGUGUUUCCAGAAAAGUGUCGUUUAGCCAACGGUCCGUGGGUGUGACGUCUUAUUCUGAGACUAGAUGUUGAACAACUUGAAUAGUAAUUUUCAUUUUUGGGUGUACUAUCCGUUUAAGGCAUCCAAGAGCGCGUGCAUGUUUUGCCACUCCACCGCGCAGGGUUGCAGCACGUGACAUGAAACUCAUUGUUUACGGACACUGCUUUUGCACCAUAUGAACAUAUUGUAAGCAGAUAUGAAAUUUAAAGAUUGAUGAAUUGAUUAUAAAACUUUACACUCCCUCACAUAAAUGGCCUCUUGGGAGUUCCCAUGUCAUGCUUAACCACGCGCAGGAUUGUUUUGGUUCCGGUCGCGAUACUGUUUCACACUUCCGCGUCUGUUAACGUUUAGGACCAAAAUUGCCAGAGUAUGGAAGAUACAAAGAAUCUCACACGUCCUCUCAUAAUCGCUCUGCAACAUCAUGACAUAUUUGACCUGAAGUCACCAAACGCAGAUACAGAAGUGCUACCCGAAGGCAUUGCAUUCAGCUUUAUUAAGGCUGUACAUACAGUGAAUCAGAGACUCGUGAGUCACAUCAGCAGCGAGUCGUUGGGUUUUGAAGUGAUUCUCAUUGCAAAUGAGUGUUCAGAAGAAACCAAAGUCAAGAUAGUUGAGAGUGUCAAGCAUUAUGGUAUGGAUAUCUGCAAGUUUUACUUCUGCAAAAAGGAUGAAGUCAUAAAAACUCUUCAGUCAAACAAUGUUAAGCUGUUUCUCUCUUCAGAUAGUGAUGAUAUCUAUAAAGCCCUACAUGCAGACGUUCCAGCUGCUGUGCUUUAUGAUCAGAAUGGUGUUUUGGAUCAGCUAAAAGUUACUUUCUCAGGAGAUAUAAUUGGCCUCUCUGAAGAUUCCCUUGAGAGUCUUGCAGAUUUUGGAUUUAGUGAAUCCCAGAUAAAGACCUUCAAAUCAGCUAAGAUCUGCAUGAAAGAGUUUGCCGUUCUCAUCGGUGAGAUGAGGAAGAGGUUUGGACAUGAGAACAGUCCUCUCUGCACGUGUCUCAUAACAGCGUGGGGCUCUAGAAAUGUCUGUCUCUCUGCUCUGAAAAUUCUUGGAGAAUGGGGUCUGGAUGUGGACGAGGCGUUUUGUAUGGCUGGAGCUCCCUGCAGCCCUAUACUCACCGUAGUAAAACCACACAUACUGUGGGACGGUGGGCUUCACAAUCUAAGAGACUUGCCCAAUUUUGAACUAUAAGUGCCAUUUGGACACUUUUGUUUGCAAUUCAUACGGGGUUGAAAGAAGACAAGUCAUACAUGGUUAUUUUGGUUUAAUGGUGGUUCACAGCACUAUGGUAACAUAUACAGCUGUGCAUAUAACUUCUAUGAAUGAUUUUUUUUACUGGGGUGGGGGGUUAUAUACUGGUGUCUUGACAAAGAAUAAUGGUACGGAGUUAACAUUACUAAUUAUACCAUUAGCAAUGUUAAAAACAAUUAAAACAUGUUUGAAUACCUGUAAAAGCUACUGAAAUAAAAUGCAACUGUAAGUACAAAUCAGUGACAUAUGAGCAAUAGCACACAAUAUGAUAACAGAUUUAUAUAUAUAUACACUGGAGUUAAAAUGCACAAUUAUUAAACAAUCCUAACAUGGCUUCAGUUGAACUUUUGUAAGGCACUGCUUAUGUUAUGUGAGCUAAAGACUUUUCAAGUCAUUCUUUGGCUAAAACACAAUAUGUACAAAUGUAUAGCAACAAGAUUAAAAUAAAGAAUACAAUUCAAGCAA